AUGAAGAUUGUAACUAGUGUCGAUGGUAUCAAAGUUGUAACUGGUGUUGAUGGUUUCAAGGUUGUAACUGGUGUUGAUAGUAUCAAGAUUUUAACCAGUGUUGAUGGUAUCAAAGUUGUAACUGGUGUUGACGGUUUCAAUGUUGUAACUGGUGUUGAUGGUAUGAAGAUUGUAACUAGUGUCGAUGGUAUCAAAGUUGUAACUGGUGUUGAUGGUUUCAAAGUUGUAACUGGUGUUGGCGGUGUCAAGGUUGUAACUAUUGUUGAUGGUAUCAAGAUUUUAACCAGUGUUGAUGGUAUCAAAGUUGUAACCAGUGUUGAUGGUUUCAAAGUUGUAACUGGUGUUGGCCGUGUCAAGGUUGUAACUAUUGUUGAUGGUAUCAAGAUUUUAAACAGUGUUGAUGGUAUCAAAGUUGUAACUGGUGUUGAUGGUGUCAAGGUUGUAACUGGUGUUGAUGGUAUCAAGAUUUUAACCAGUGUUGAUGGUAUCAAAGUUGUAACUGUUGUUGAUGGUUUCAAGGUUGUAACUGGUGUUGAUGGUAUGAAGGUUGUAACUAGUGUCGAUGGUAUCAAAGUUGUAACUGGUGUUGAUGGUUUCAAGGUUGUAACUGGUGUUGAUGGUAUCAAGAUUUUAACCAGUGUUGAUGGUAUCAAAGUUGUAACUGGUGUUGAUGGUUUCAAGGCUGUAACUGGUGUUGAUGGUAUCAAGAUUUUAACCAGUGUUGAUGGUAUCAAAGUUGUAACUGGUGUUGAUGGUAUGAAGGUUGUAACUAGUGUCGAUGGUAUGAAGGUUGUAACUGGUGUUGGCGGUGUCAAGGCUGUAACUAUUGUUGAUGGUAUCAAGAUUUUAACCAGUGUUGAUGGUAUGGAGGUUGUAACUGGUGUUGAUGGUAUCAAGUUUGUAACUGGUGUUUAUCAAAGUUGUAACUGGCGUUGGUGGUAUCAAUGUCCAAUUGUUAACUUCCAAGGAGAUUGA